CCCGACAGUGAAAGCCUGAGGCCUGAAUCAGACCCCCCCCCCUCGUCUCUUGCUCCUGUUUGUCAACGAUAGAGUGCCACUGAAGCUGGAUGUUCUUCCCUACCUCAGGCCUAAUUCAACCGGUAAAGCACAAAGUCUUGUGUUCACACAUGCAUCAGCCCUUCCCUUACGACACGUCGAUCCUGGUUCUGCAUUUAUCCUCCAACCUGCGUGCCAAUUCAGCCCAUUUGGGGUUAUUGUAGCCAGAGGCUAGUUCACAAAAGGAACCCCGCCGACGCGCCUUCGUUGUUGAGUGCGAUGUGUGAACCGGUGCGAAAUGUGCCACAAACAAAACUUGACCUGAUGGAAAUUUAAUUCCUCCCACCGGAUUUUGACUUCCUGUUUUGGCUUCCUUAGGAGAAGAGUUAAGGGCACAAAUUGUAUGUUGUUUUCCCCUUGGAUAUGUAUAUAUUUGUAUAUAUUUGCAGAAAAAAAUUAUCAGGGUUCCUGCCCAUCAGGACCAGCCUGGCCUCAAUCGUCCUUAAACUAACAAUGGCACAAAGAUCAUGUGUCCCAUAAUAGUCCCUAGGGACCAUCAAAACAAUGCUUGUACAACCAGCGAACUGCACUGGUGGUGUGCAACCGUGGCUGCUUUUAAGACUUGUGGACUUACAACUCCCAGAAUUCCCCAGCCAGCUGCCUGGGGAAUUCUGGGAGUCCACAAGUCUUAAAAGCAGCCACGGUUGGACUUUCUUGUUCAACACCCAUCAGCUAACUUGGCUAUAAAUAUUGACACCUUCUCCCUGCGUGGCACCCAAAUAGGAACCGAGCCCAAAUCCCCAACGCUGCACUCUCCUAAAAUUCCCAUCAUCCCCAGCUGACCAGUGGCUGCUCUCCCAGGGUGCUGUGUCUCCGGCGUUAGGACCCAGCCUCCUCCUGCCAAGCUCUCCAAGCAGAAAAACCAGUUUGAGAACCAUCAUCUCCCGGCUUCCGCUGGCAUGUCCACACCUCCAGGGCUGCAGUGCGAGUUCGGGUGUCCGUCACAAGCAGGGUUGGCUGGAACUGCACCUGGCCAGGCAAACCUCCCUCCCACCCACCCUCCAUGGGUUCCUUUGUGGGAGAUGGCAGGACCCUUCCCUCCGAAAGGCUUAAGAAGGAAGCCACGGAAGCGUCGGAGAAUAUCCGAGACAUGGAACUGAGAGAAGAAUGGCAAGACGACGAAUUCCCACGGCCUUUGCCGGAGGAUACGUCUGAGGAAGAUCUAGAAGUCUCCAGUUCAGAAUUGACUCCGGUCGCCUCCAACACCCUGGAACUCUGUGGCCGGAGACACAUGAGGAAGCGUCUCCAGGCGCCGGAUCUCAGCGAGGGUUCGGUUAAAUCCGGGGACCUCCCCGAAAGCACCCCAGAUGACAGCUUGGACAUCAACCUGGACGAGCUGGAGACGCCCUCUGAAAGCGAGUUCCAAGAAGGCCCGGAGAGCGGGCAUGAAUUCGAAUGGGAAGAUGACCUCCCGCGGGCCAGGCGAGUGGAGGCCAACCUGCCUGAGAAAUUCUGCACUGGCUGCGUGGUGGACACGAAGGGUCCCGACGGACAGCUCUGGCGCAUCUUCCUGGGAGACGAACAUGAGCACAAAGUGGAUCUAAGCGCCAUCGAGCCCUACACGAGGGUGAUCUCCCAUGGAGGCUAUUGCGGGGAAGGUCUGAAUGCCGUUCUCGUCUUUGCUUCUUGUUACUUACCAGAAAGCAGCGUCCCCAAUUAUCCCUACAUCAUGGAGAACCUGUACAGGUACAUCAUAGGCACUCUGGAGCUGAUGGUAGCCGAGAAUUACAUGCUGGUGUGUCUAAACGGCGCCACUUCCCGGAGUCGUCUCCCGUCUUUUGCCUGGAUCAAGCAGUGUUAUCAGGCAAUCGACCGGCGGCUUCGGAAGAAUUUGAAGUCUCUGGUCAUCGUUCAUCCCACGUGGUACAUCAAAGCCCUGAUGACCGUCUUUAAGCCUUUUAUCAGUUCCAAAUUCAGCCAAAAAGUGAAGUUCCUAGACAGCUUGGAUGAUCUGGGCCAAAUCGUCCCCCUUCAACAGAUCCACAUCCCAGCCUGCGUCCAGCAGCUACAUCAGUCCAGCAGCAAUUCCUGAAGCCCCCCCUCCCCAAAUAGCCAGACCGGCUGGAUGGCCUCUGGGGACCCCCACAUGCCCACUCAAUGCUUCCCUCUUUCUUGCUCUUCUGUUUUAAAGGGAUACUGAAAAGCAGUCCAACGUGCAUCCCUGCCCUCCCCAGAGUUAUGGGCCGUGUUCCUAUCCUUCCCAUGGUCCACCGCCCCCGAUGGGGGGGAGGGACGGGGAGCGGAAUGGAUUCGGACCCCCAGAAGCAGAGCAAAAGCCCCCGGGACUGUCGGGCUCAUGGGGGGGGGGGCGGGGG